CUCUUUCGAUCAUAACACUAGGAAAUUGGUGCAUUUUUCUUUUUUUUGAGAUGAAUGAAAAUGGUGCAGUGUACUAGGAUAGGUUGUCAAGUGGAUCCCAAUAUAGUUCGACCGUCCCAUAAGCACCAUACGGAGGAUAGGAAAACGAUGGUGAAACAAGGUGGCGAUUACAAGAAGCACCAUCAGACCGCACGCCUUUCAAAGCUUUCGCCGGAGCGAACUAGCCGUUACCCGCACCAGAUACAUUGCCAUGAAAGAGGAGUCCCAGUGGUGGCGGGCUGGAAGACCAAGACCCAGGGGGGCGUGAUUCGAGAAAAAGGACUCCCAUAUUUCCCCCAUUCCACUCCUCUCUCCGGUCUCCCACCCGUUUGGCCCGAAAAGAACCGAUUCCCACUUCCCCUUCUAGUUUUACCCUUUCUAGGCUUCGGUAAGCAUCACGCAUCAACAGCCGCCCGUUUUGAUCGAUACGUUUCUUCCCUCAACGUCCACUCCUGAGCUAUUACUAUCGCCUCUCUUUCUCCCCUCUGAAAUUCCCUCCAGGUGCUUCUAGUCUCUAAAGCUGUUCUUCCAAUUUUUCCAUUUUCCUCGUUUAAGCUUAGAAUCCUGCUCUUUCUAUUAGUCUCAUGUUCUUUUUUCUUAUUUAUGUUUUUAUUGUUUGAGGAAUACCGUCAAACAUUUGGUAUAGAUCGAACGAGUAUGUUCUUGUCAUUGUUUGUGAUCCUUUUCUUUUCCCUUUUAUUUUCUCUUUUUUGAGUAAGUUCCAAAUUUUGAUAGUAUUCAUGAACAGUUUCAAUGAGACCUGGACUGAAGCUCCCUUUUUUUUUUCGUUUUUUCUGUGUUUUAUUCGGUGAUGUGAUGUAUGCAUUGGAUGUUCUAAGGUCAUUCGUGGAAAUUUCGUGUUUUAGUUUGUGUGGUGAGUAAUUUAGUUAAUUAUGAUGCAAUUUUGAUCUCAUGGGCAUGGUUUUUGUUACAGUAGAUGCUCUUUUUUUUUUAUGAGUAAGUUCUAGAUUUUCAUGGGGAUUUGAUCAGUUUUGAUUAUACCCAUGAGACAGUUUUUCUUGUGCUUAGCUUUGUGGGUAUAGUGUGCGUCUUUAACAUGCCUAGAAAUUGUUGAUGGAAGCACUGUGGUGUCUUUGUAUUUUAUUAAUUGUGAGGAAUUUCAUCAAGCAGGAAGCUGUGUACAUCAAAUGGGCAUGGUUUUAGCUAGAGUUAAUCAUACUUGAUCAUGCUAACUUUAAUUUCAAUAAUACCUGUAAUAGAAUCAUACCAAUAUUGAAGUGCUUUAGUUUGAUAUGUCUAAGAAACCGUAGCCGUGUCUUUGAACAAAGAGCUAUUGAAUGCGCUAGUAUCAAAAUGGAUUUUUUAGCCCACAGUUAUUGGUUCAUGCACUUUGUCAUCCAUGUUCUUCUGUACACUUGCUCUUUUGACCUUACAGAAAAGAAACUGUGGUUAUGCUGCCACUCCCAAAGGAAACAAUGAGUAAACAGAUAGUGUUGGAUCGUUAGGGGUUGGCUUUUGAUGUAUGAUUAUACUCAAAAUCAUAGCAUGCACAUUCUUAAUCUCUCUUUAAUUCUUUCUGGUAACAACCAUCGAGCUUUAUCAAUAAGGAGUCAAAUAGGACUCCUCGUUCUUCUUGCAUGUCAGAUGGUAUUAUACCAUCUCCUUUUACAUUAUUAGUGCUUCUCGCCUCAUUAUUGCAUUCCCUAAUGAAAAGCCCCAUCCUUUUGCUGUUGAAGUGAUCUUAAAAGACUUGCUCUCUGUUGAUCCACUUCCUAUGUAGUAUUCAUAUUAGUGUUCAUUCAAUGGCGCAAGGGGGCAUUUUUGGUUUUAUAUGUUUUAUAUGUGAUUCCAACUUAUGACUUUGUUAAUAUAUUUUCACUAGUGAUGUUUCUAAGUUGGCAUGAAAAGUUUCUAAGUGAAGUUUCUAAGUUAUGUUUCUAAGUUGGCAUGAAAAGUUUUGAUGUCUUCAAAUGCCAUAACAUACAAGAAAUUCUUCAUCCUGUGUACACAAACAGCAGAUGGAUUUCAUGGUUGCACAUUAGGAUCUUUUUUGUGUAUGCAUAGUUGAUAACUAUGUUCAAGUUAUAUGUGAAGAUGCAAAUGCAAAUCCGGAAAAAAAUUAUAAAACAGUAUGGGAUCCAAGAGGGAAUAGUCAUGAGUUGAUUUAUGGUAGAAAAUCAAUAGAAACCAUUAAAAUAUCCUGAUUCCAUGGAUAAGUUUUGGGUUCUAUACAUACUGCCAGAUUUUGUAUGCAUAAAUCUCAGUUCAGAAAUUAACAUCAAUCUGUUUAUGUUUGCAUUUCCAGGAUUAAAUCCUAUGACCUUGAUGCAAAAUCUAUAGUCUGUAAUGAUCUUUGUGCCUUUUUAUUUUGUAACUGCCCAUAUGAGGGCAAGUUUCAUAUGAAAUUCUGUGACAUGAGAUUCUUGAUGCUGGGUUCACCAUCUUCACAAAAUGCCCUUCGCUGCUAUCUUUUCGGGAAACAUUUCUUAAUUAAGGAACAGUCUUGCGAGCAAUUGUUGUUUUAAGUUGCUCAGAUUUUGUACUGAAUUUAUUCCUGGAAAGAUUCUUGAUGCUAGAAGAUGCAACCUACGAUUUUUCUCAACAAGAUUAGAAGGAAGGAAUUGGAAAUCACAGAGCAGUAAACCAUGCAGCGUUGAUCUGAAACUUCAUGAUGGAACAGUUGAAUCAUCAACAAAUACUAAUACAAAUCAAUUACAGCUUCAUGAAUUUAAAGCAAUUCAGUAAAGAAUUAUCGAGUUUGCACUUUGUGAUCUCAUAGGAAGCAAGAAUAGUACAUUACAAAUCCUUGUAAAUCCUGAAAAAAAUUCUGAACACAGAUGUUCAUGGCAUUAGCAAUUACAUGGUCAACAGGCCUGAUGUCCCAAGGUUUAAGGAACUGGUUCCAAGCCUCAUUCAAUAUGUUAGGAACCGCCAAAUGGCUGGCAAACCAGUUCUAUGUGUUUCUCACAAUGGGCGCCGGUUCGAUGUACCUUUUGUUAUCGAGGAAUUCCAACAUUGCUCUGAGGAAGUUCCUGCAGAUUGGCUGUUUGUGGACACAUUUCCUCUUGCACGCCAGUUAGCUAAGCCAGACAGUAGAGCUGAAAUCAUGGUUUAACUGAUGAGACUUCCAGUGGAGCAAUUGAUAUGUGGCAAAGCCCUAUGGCUAUACAUGACAAUUGUAACUGGUUUGAGUUCAGUUGCUUCGCAUGAUCACUGUCUCUGACUUCCUCCAAGGAUCAAGGCUUACCUCCUCCUCAUGGAAUGCACAACGCGAGCACUAUGACAUCUGAUGCAGGAGCACGAGCCCAAAUCAUGAUAAACCCAUCAUCCAUCAAAAAUUCAGCGGCACCUACCCCCGUUCUACGUCAACAUCCCUUUAGUUAGGCUUGCACUUUUGAUUUGAAACUGGCUGUUCCAGAGCUGAUGCAUAGAGCUUUCCAGGCUUCAGAUAUUAUCAAGGCCCCUCCCUGACAACUGCAGCUGCUGUUCUCAAACUUAAGAUUGAAUGUAAAAGCCAGCUAUCUCAUUCUUGUCCCCUAACUAUCAUUAAGUAUUAUUGUAUGACAGUGUCCAUUCUUUUCGGCGUCGUCUUUAAUUUACAUUGUAUUGCUAAAGUCUGAAUAAAGUCCAUAAUCUAUUUAUCUUGUCAACUUAAUAUGAUAAUAAGCCCUGAAAAGUGCAUCUUUUGAAGUGAAUCACCAUUACAAUCUUUUGUGAAAUUUUCACAUAAAUUGAGUGUUCUAAACCUUUAAUUGGGAAAUACCAAAAUGUUUAAUUGCUGGGUUGUGAGUUGUGACCUAAUUGGAAUUUGAGCAUGCAUUUUUCCUUGUUUGUAUUGAACUUGAGCACGCAUGACCAUCAUAUGGAUUUGUUCUCUCUUUUUUUUGGUCAUUAAGGAUAUAUUAAUUUGAUUAACUAGUUCCUUGUGUAGAUUUUAAUUAUUAAAUAAUUAUCACAUUUUCGAAAUGGUUGAUCUGCCAUAUGCCCAAAGUUCAAGGGCAAAGAAGUCUUUCUAGUCCAUUUACAUCCUCCAUUUCUUCCCUCCAUUUCCCAACUGCUCACUGACCCAUACUCUCACGCGCGGCGAUCUCCGAUUCUCAGGAGCUCCACCGCCUCGAAGGUAUGCUCCUUCGAACCUAUCUCCCAUGGCGACCGAUUUCAACUCCACCGCUACUUAGGUUCUCUCACGAUCUACUAGUUCUUCUCCGAUUCCUCAAUCUACCCCCAAACUCUUAUAAACAAAAGGGAUUUGGCCUUGAAAAUCUCAUCUCGAACUCUGAGGAACCCCAGUGUCGGUUCUUGAAUUUAUGACGAUUGUUUCAGUUUUCUUCUUAUUCCGUGGAAUUUCGGGAAGCAACGAGAGAUCGGAAGGAUUCGUGGCAGUAGAAAUGGAGGGAGAUAUCACACUACCGGCAUCACAGAACUCGGUGGCGGCGACGAACACCUCGUGCUGCUCCUUCGAGGACUGCGACGAAUCGACGGCGGAGUCGGCCGGCUGGAUCUCCGGCGACCAGUUCGAGAUACAGAAGAACCAGAUCCUCCGGGAGCUCCAGCAGAUGGUCAACCGCUACAACGACUGCUUUCGCUGCCUCCAGGCCUCCCUCUCUGACCUCGAUCUCCUCCGGCAUGACAACCUCCAGCUCACCGCCGACCACCUCCACCUCACCUUCCUCCUCGAGGAGCUGGAGUCCGCCGCCGCCGCCGCCGCCGGCCGUGAAUCUGUCUCUCCGGAGGCACAGGGGAAGCAAAAGGUCGUCGGAGGAGAGGGCGCGAAGGAGGAUCCCGAUCCGGAUCCGGAUCCGGCGCCGCCGGGGGGAUCGGACGGCGGAGGUGGAAAAGGCGGGACACGUGUCGGUCUGCCAAAGAGCAUCUCGAUCCGGUCGCGCGGGUUCUUGGCUGUGAAGCAACCGCCGGCGGGCGGGGACGGUGAGGCGAGGCGGCCCCACCGCCUCCGCCUCCCGGCAUCUCCGGCGCUAGAGGGAAAGGAGGGCGACGGGGAGGUGGAGGUAGAGGCCUAUAGCCAGGGGAUGGCGAAGACGGAGCUGUGCAACAAGUGGGUGGAGAAGGGGUGGUGCCCGUACGGGGAGCGGUGCCAGUUCGCGCACGGGAUCCAGGAGCUGAGGCCGGUGAUCCGACACCCCCGCUACAAGACCCAGCUCUGCCGCAUGCUCGCCUCCGGUGGUGACUGCCCUUACGGCCACCGCUGCCACUUCCGCCACGCCCUCCCCAGCCCCCGUGACGCCUAGCCAUUUCGGUCCCCAUGGAUCCUUCUCCAAUGAUUCCAUCAAGCGGUACUUCUCUUCAUUCUCGGUUCUCAGUUUCUCACUCUAUCUUGGAGCUCUCACUGAACGCUGGUACGGCAAUACUACUCUCUUAUACUGCUUCAUACGUAGUUUAGUACUAGUAGGUGCAUACGAUACAGUAAAGCCAUUCUAAGGAUGAUUGGGAUGAUUGGUUCUCCUAUUGCAACUUUUAGAAGCAUGACAUUUAUGACCCAUGUAUGUGAUGUAAUGGAAUUAACAAAUGCUAAUAGCCUAGUGUGGUUGUUGACUGUGAUUUUCUUGGAAUCAAAAUAUGGAUAUCCCUGGUUGGCUUA